ACCCUGCAAGGUGUUUGUGAUUCUACUUUUGUCUCCAACCAAUAAUGAGAAGAGAGGAAAACAGAACUCGUAGAUGAUGGCAAAUGGAAAUUAGUGCGGGUAAAGGAGACCACAUGCCUAAGAAGCUUGAGAGAGACAAUCAUAAUAAUUUAAAGAAACCCAAAAACUGAUUAAGCUCAAGCAAGGCUUUUGCAGAAAAAGAGUCAGAAAAUUCAGGAAGAAUGGAAAUUCAGUUAGAGUCACUUAAAAUCUGUUUUAAGCUCAAGCAGACCUGUUGAUAUGCGUAUUUUUUUCUUUUUUGGAUUUCAUAUCAACUCAGAUGGUAGCAGGAGGUGCUUCAUCUCAUAUACAAAAGCAUCAGGCCUUUAUAUUUGCUUGAACAGAUUUUCCAAAGGCAAAAGGCAUACUCACAGAUGUAUUUUGGGUACACUACUAAAUGAAGAAUAGCGCUUUUUAUUUUUUAUAUUUUUGAUAAAGACAAUGAUUAAAGAUAUUAUAAGAUGAGGAAUUGGAGAGGUGCUUUUCGAUCGGCCUCGUCUUCGACUUUGGGUUCUCGCCAUCUCCAAAUGGGUAACAUCAGAUCAACUUUGCUUUGUUUUUACUGUUCUUGUUUCAGUACUCAUUCUCGUAAAGGCACUGCCACUGGGUUUAAGAGGAUUAAACCCAUAUAUGAAUUUGAUAAAAUUGAUGAUGCUCUGAAAUUGUUUCAUCAGAUGAUCCGUGGUCAUCCCCGUCAUUCAGUCGUGGAGUUUAAUAAACUUGUAUCCGCAGUUGUUAGGAUGAAAUAUUAUGAAGCUGCUGUUUCUUUAUGUAAACAGAUGGAAUUGAAGGGAAUCCGAGGUGAUGCAGUUACGUUUGCCAUCCUCAUUAAUUGUUUCUGCCGUUUAGGUGUCCUGAAUUUUGGUUAUUCUGUUGUUGGGAAAAUGUUUAAGCUUGGUGUUGAACCUGAUGUUAUAGUAUUCACCACGCUAAUCAAUGGGCUUUGUGUACGAGGCAAGUUUGCUGAAUCUGUGAGAUUACUUAAUGACAUGGUUCGGGAUGGACAUCAGCCUGAUUUAAUCACUUAUAAUACACUUGUAAAUGGUUUAUGUAAAAUAGGGAAAACCAGUGAAGCUGUUCGGUUGUUGAAGAAGAUGGGAGAAGGUGGUUUCCAACCUAACAUUAUAGCUUACACCACGGUCAUUGAUGGCCUUUGCAAGGAUAGGCUUGUAACUGAGGCAUUGGACCUAUUCUCUGAAAUGAUUGACAAAGGCAUCUUACCAGAUGUUGUCACUUAUAAUUCAUUGAUUCAGGCUAUGUGUGAUUCAGGGAAGUGGGAUGAGGUUAAAAUUUUAUUGAGUGAGAUGGGCAGUCAGGGAAUCAAACCGACUGUUUUCACUUAUAAUAUAUUGGUAGAUGCAUUCUGUAAGGAAGGGAUGGUGUCAGAUGCUCAGAAUAUGAUUGAUGUAAUGAUUAGGGAAGGCAUUGAGCCUAGUGUUGUCACUUAUAGUGCGUUAAUAGAUGGAUAUUGUUUGCGUGGGGAAAUGGAUGAGGCAAGAAAAGUAUUUGAUUUGAUAAUUAACAAGGAAUAUGUUCCUAAUGUAGUUAGCUACAGCAUCAUGAUCAAUGGAUACUGUAAGGCCAAAAUGGUAGAUGAGGCUGUGAACCUCUUUCAUGAGAUGUCUGACAGAGGUUUAACCCCCAAUACUGUAACUUACAAUACUCUUAUAAUGGGCAUGUCCCAGGUAGGAAGGCUGUGUACUGCACAUGAACUUUUUGAAGAGAUGGUUGCUUGUGGUCAAGUUCCAGACGUAAUGACUUAUUCAAUUUUGCUAGAUGGCUUGUGCAAACACCGUCAUAUUCAUAAGGCAUUGGAAUUGUUUCAAGCAAUUCAAAGAAGUGGAUUUCAACUUAACAUUGUACAUUAUACUGUUUUAAUUGAUGGCAUGAUCAGAGCUGGACAUAUUAGUGGUGCAAAGGAAUUAUUUUCUGGACUUGCUAUGAAAGGGUUACAUCCUAGUGUUCACACAUAUAAUACAAUGAUUAAAGGACUUUGCAAAGCAGGAGCACCAAAUGAGGCUUAUGAGUUGUUCAGGACAAUGGAAGAGGAUGACUGCUUGCCAGAUAAUGGCUGUUAUAAUACAAUGAUCCGAGGAUUUCUUCAAAACAAUGAUAUGUCAAGGGCAAGGCAGCUAAUUGAUCAAAUGGUUGAUAAUGGAUUUUCUGCCGAUGCGUCUACAUCAGCCAUGGUAGUGGAUCUAUUACUGAGUGAUGGAAAAGAUAAAUCAACUUGUGGAAGAGUUGAUACACGGGAGCUGGUGUUGACUGAACAACUUGAGAAAUAUGUCUCUAUGGACAGUGUUCUGUGGUCCUUUCUCAGUGAUGUGGGGAAUAAAUUGAUUUUUUUUCUCCUUUGAGAUUGGCAGUUGGUGGUUAAAUUGUGGCAGUUAAAAAUGUUUAAUUAUGAAAUUAUGUCUCCUUUUACUUGUUAAGUUAUUUGCUUUAAUUAAUCCUCCAGGGUCUUACUUUGUAUUCUACUUUUAUCUCCUACCAAGAAUGGGAAGAGAAGGAAACAGAACUCUUAGAUGAUGGCAAAUGGAAAUUAAUGCAGAUAAAGGAGACCACAAGCCUAAGAGGCAUGAAAGACAAUCAAAAUAAUUUAAAGAAACACAAAAGCUGAACUGUUUUAAGCUCAAGCAGGGGUUUUGCGGGUAAGGAGUGAGAAAAUUGAGGAAGAAUGGAAGUUCAGAUAGAGCCACUUAAAUCUUUUUUAAGCUCAAGCAGGGCUUUUUAUAUAUAUAAGAAGGGCUCGGGUUCCAAUCUGAGUUCACGAUGUUCCAACUGCAAAUAAGAGGCCUCCUUACCAUAGUAGACGAUUGCUCUUUCCACUUCUUGUUUGACAUGCUAUAGGUUUUGAGAGUGGUAUGGUGAACAGCUAUGUACAUGGCUAGAUAAUAUUGGAAUAUGGUAUGUAAAUGCAUAAUGGGUUGAUGGAAAUGACCCCUCUAAUGUGCAUCCAACAAAUGAAAACUUAUAUAUUAGGAUAUUAUGAGGAUAUUGGGUAUUGGCAAAGGCUGUGAUUAAUCAAUUUUGUAGUUAUAGCUUAGUCUUCAACAGCCUCACUUGGGCUGUUUGGAUUUCCAUUCCUAUCCUCUUUCUACUUCUAUGAACUGAUGUUGUCAGUGUUUUUGUAUCGAAUUUCAUAUGUCUAGAUUUAAGGAAAGGGACCAAGAACAUGUAAUCAGAGGAAAUGUUUUGUUCUGCUAGUACUUGGAGCUUGAUAUAAUGUAUUCUACUAUUCUGGUUCUUUUUCUUGUAUUGAAAUACAUUUCUGGUGUCUUU